AUGCAUGAUAGUGUCCAGCGUCUCCGUGUACGCAUGUGUCCGCGUGUACGCAUGUAUCCCCGUGUACGCAUGUGUCCCCGUGUACGCAUGUGUCCGUGUUGUAAAAGCACUUGUCCCAUUCGCUCGCCCGCCACUCCUGCGGCCACGACCUCGAACUCCUCAUCUGGUUACCCCAAAAGACCCAACCAGACCCCAAAAGACCCAACCAGACCCCAAAAGACCCAACCAGACCCCAAAAGACAAAACCCCCAAAAGACCCAACCAAGACCCAAACAGAAAAAGACCCAAACAGACCCAAAAGACCCAACCAGACCCCAAAAGACCCAAAUAGACCCAAAGACCAAAGACCUCCAACCAGACCCAGACCCAACCAGACCCCAAAAGACCCAAAAGGCCCAAAGUCCAGAAGCAGACCCCAAAGACCCAAAAGACCCAAAAGACCCAAAACAGACCCCAAAAGACCCAAAAACCCCAACCAGACCCAUCCGAAGCCAGGCAGCCUGCACCGCCCUUCCCCUUGCACCAUGCACGCGGAUCACAGCUUUUGGAAAAGGCAGGUCCUCACGCAUUACCGCUAAUGGAGCCAGAGUGGAUGCAGGCGGCGUAACAUCCUGUGACGUCACAAAGGAGCUUUAA